UCAAUCAAGUGGCCAGUCUGAUGUUAAUAUCCGAAUAAAUUCGCUAAGGCGACAUGCUUGACGCGGUAAUAUUUUGAGUGUGAGGGCAGCUAGCAGCUCCAGUAAAAAAGACCCGAAAUUUAUCAGCAUGGCCUCGACGUCUAUUAAAAUGGUUGCGCGCGGAUCCUGCCAGUUUUGCUUAAAUGCUUGCGAGAUUUUGACAAAGCGCGCUGCAGUGGUGCACAUGCGAAGGACCAUGGCCUCCAGCAGCACUCGAACAGCUCCUAGUCAAAAGGCCGAAACUAGUCAAUUAGUUACAACAAUAGAAGAGGCGCGUCGCUUUAUGGUCGACUGCUUCAAGGCUGCUGGGACACCUCAAGAACAUGCAGAAACCGUUACCGAUAACCUCUUGGAGGCCGACUACAGGGGACACUACAGUCAUGGAAUGAAUCGACUAGAAAUGUACAUAAGAGAUAUUCAAGGAGGCGUGUGUGAUCCAAAGGCGACGUGUACUUUGGACAAAGAAACAGUGGCGACGGCGUUAGUUAACGGAAAUAAUGGACUUGGUGCUGUGGUGGGGAAGUAUUGCAUGGACCUAGCUAUAGCGAAAGCCAAGGACGCCGGAAUAGCCAUGGUUGUUGCGCAUGGAUCCAACCAUUAUGGAAUAGCCGGAAUAUAUUCUAUCCAGGCGAUAAACCAUGGUUUGUUAGGGAUGAGUUUCACCAACACUUCUCCAUUUAUGGCCCCAACUAGAGCAACGCAGGCCGCGCUGGGAACCAACCCGCUGUCCCUUGGCGCUCCGGCUCUAAAUGGGGACAGCUUCGUCCUGGACAUGGCUACGACAGCUGUCGCCGUUGGAAAGAUAGAACUGGCAAGGAGGAAAGGCACGCCGAUCCCAGAAGGAUGGGCCCUAAACCACGAGGGGAAAGUGGAGACAGAUCCCGACGUGGCCUACAAAGCGGCCAAACUUAUGCCCGUUGGAGGGACGGAAAUAAACUCCGGUUACAAGGGUUAUGGACUGGGGAUGUUGGUGGAAAUAUUCUGCGGGAUUUUGUCAGGAGCAAAAUACGGCCCGUUUGUUAGAAAGUGGGGUGCCCAUAGUGAGGUGGCAGAUCUUGGACAAGCUUUCAUCGCUAUUAACCCGAAGGCCUUUGCUGAUGGUUUCGAGGAUAGAAUGUCCGACUUGAUGGAUUACCUAAGAAACAUGGAACCAUUUGAUCCCAACAAACCAGUUCUAGUACACGGAGAUCCAGAAAAAAUACACAUGGAAAAAGUGAAGAAAGAUGGAGGAUUUCUGUAUGUACAAAACCAGCACGACACCAACGCAAAACUAGCCGAAGAACUCAAAGUCACCCCGAUGGUUUCCAAGAAUCCAUUUAUUCUCUAAUGAUAAUGUUCCUUGCCAGAUCACAAAAAGUAUUUUAAAAAUACGAAACGUUCCACUAUGUGAUAAAAAAUUUAGUCACCUAGCUCAAUUGUUAUUGUUAUUAAUUAAUACCUGGUAAAUAUAUAAUAUUUACAGGAUAUUUAAAUUAUUCUUGUUGAUUUACACACAAAUUUACACGUAUGAUUCUCUAUUUAUAUUUUCUGGAGGCACAAUGUUUUAAAUCAUCGACAAUAAAUGCAACAACUUGAA